AUGAAUGACCAAAGGGUAAACUACACAGAACUGAAUCUGGUGAAGGACUCAGACAGACAACAAAUGAAACCAAAGGGCACCAAAGGCUCCAUUCCAGUAACUGAGCAGGAAAUAACCUAUGCAGAACUAAAUCUUCCAAAUGCUUCUCAAGAUCUUCAAGGGGAUGACAAGAAGGACCACCACAAAGCAUUCCUGUCACCUCCAGAAAAGCUCAUUGCUGGGAUCCUAGGGGUUGUCUGCCUCGUCCUGAUGUCCACUGUUGUAGCGAUAUUUAUUAAUCAUGCAUAUCAUUGUGGUCGAUGUUCACUAGAGUGGUUAAUAUAUUCCAACAACUGCUAUUACAUUAGUACUGAACAAAAAACUUGGAAUGAGAGCUGGAUGGCCUGUGCUUCUAAGAACUCUAGCCUGCUCUAUAUAGAUGAUGAAGAGGAAAUGAAUUUUUUGAACAUUUUCAACAAACUUCCAUGGAUUGGAUUCUCCCACAGAAAUAAUAAUAAUUCCUGGGUGUGGAAAAAUGACUCAAUGUUAUCUUUCAAAAAGUCUUCAAAAACUUCAAAGUUGGAGUAUUGUGCAUUUGGGGAUUUUGACACACAGAAGCUCUCUUUUGAAUCCUGUUUAAAAAACAGAUCGUAUGUUUGUAAGCACCAGGCACAUUAG